CAGUGCUGCGUCAUGAUCCUCCAACGGGCCCCUUAUAUCUGCGCCCAUUGCACGGCGCGGACUGUCCGUGCCCCGCUGCGUCGCUUUGGACGUCAGGCCCAGUUCCCUUCGCGAUCGAUCUGGCAGCCGCGUCACUACAGCCAGGUGGUUCAAAAUGACCGGCCGGUCCGCGUCGCCGUCGUAGGGUCAGGUCCCGCCGGCUUCUACGCCGCAUACCGGCUGCUCGCAAAGGUAGACAAUGCCACGGUGGAUAUGUACGAGAAGCUCCCUGUGCCCUUCGGUCUGGCGAGGUACGGCGUUGCACCAGAUCACCCAGAAGUCAAGAACUGCGAAGACAAGUUCACGGAAGUCGCAACAUCGCCGCGCUUCAAUUUCAUCGGCAACGUCGAACUAGGCACAAUUCUUCCCCUCAGCACCCUCAAACCGCACUACGACGCCAUUCUAUUCGCAUACGGAGCCCCGAAGGACAAGGAGCUCGGGAUUCCAGGCGAAAGGGGGACACAGAACGUGUACUCCGCGCGGGAGUUCGUCGGAUGGUAUAACGGCCUGCCGGAACACCGUGACCUCGCGCCGGACCUGACAGCAGGCGAGGACGCCGUGGUGGUUGGACAGGGCAACGUGGCUCUGGAUGUUGCCCGAAUCCUGCUGUCGGAUGUCGAUGUUCUGCGCAAGACAGACAUCGCCGAAUACGCCGUAGCAGAACUGGCUCGCAGCAAGAUCAAGCGCGUCCGGGUUAUCGGUCGUCGUGGGCCAAUGCAGGCCGCAUUCACCAUCAAAGAACUCCGCGAACUACUCCAACUCCCCUCCGUAUCAUUCGACCCCAUCCCUAGGACCCUCUUCCCCACCGAAGCCGCCAUCUCCGCCCUUCCGCGCGCCCAAAAACGUCUCGUCCAGCUCCUCGCCAAAGGCUCCACCAACGACCCCUCCACCUCCCCCAAAUCAUGGUCCCUCGACUUCCUCCUCUCCCCAGAAAGCCUGCACGGGUCCCCCGCCCACCCGCACCGUCUCUCGCACGUGAAGUUUGCCCGCAACGAGCUCGACCCCACGGACCCGUUCCUCUCCACCGCCAAAGUCACCCCAAAGUACCUGCCCAGCGGCCAGCGCGCCGAAGUCGACAUCCCGGCGAACACCUUUUUCCGCAGCGUCGGGUACAAGUCCCUCCCACUGCCUGGUCUCGAGGACCUGGGGAUUCAAUUCAAUGAACAGCGCGGCGUGAUCCCCAAUGAUGGCUUCGGGAGAAUCACCACGUCCGUGAACACGGGGAUUAAUGAACCGCUGCCUGAUGGGUCGUUGAUCUCGCAUCUGCCCGGUUUGUAUUGCGCUGGCUGGGUUAAGCGUGGACCGACCGGCGUCAUUGCUUCUACUAUGACGGACGCGUUCACGACCGCUGAUGCCAUUGCGGCGGAUGUGAGCGGACAGCGCGGGGAAGCUAAAGCGCCUCUGCUGAAUGCUCCGGGCCACAGCUCGGGUCUUGGCUGGGAGGGAGUCCGGCCGGAAGCGGAGAAGCGCGGAUUGCGCCCGACGUCGUGGGCGGACUGGCAGCGGAUUGACCGUGCGGAGCGACAGCGUGGAGAUGAGAAGGGCAAGGUUCGCGAUAAGUUUGGUCGUGUGGAGGAGAUGCUGGAGGUUUUGGCAUGAUGUGAUACGAUAUGAUUACUAUAUGCAGAUAGACAUGUACACAUGUACAAUAGACACGAGACUA